CGCCAUUUAAAAAUGUAUCACACAGAAGGAUCAACCAUGAAUUUAUUGUCAACAAAUGCUACUACCCCAAAUAAGAUAUAUCAAGAUCAUAAUGAUGAUGAAUGAGGUCAUAAAUGACUUGUCAAAAGCCAUAGACAGCUAAAUUGACAAGAAUGAGGGUUAUACAUCCCACAAAUGAAGUGCGGAGUCCAAGUGUACACUCUAAGAGACCCUAAGACUAGCUUUUACGCAGAAAUUGAGUUAGGAGAUGCACUUGAUCAGAUGAAAACUAUCAUGGAUAUUAAUCGGGUUUACAACCCUAAGCCUAAUUACCUCAAAUACAGAAGAUUUGUAGUCGACUGGAUGUGAGAAAUCGGAGAGACUAUCAAAUUAUCCUUCACAACUAUUCAUCAUGCCACUGCAUUAAUGGAUACUUUCUUCUCCAGAGUAAAGGACAUGGAAACUUCUAAAGAAGGCAAAGAGUUCCUUCAGUUAGUAGCAUUAACAAGUAUCUUUAUUAGCGCGAAAUUCUGCGAAAAGGACUCUAGAGGCCCAACAGCAUGCAAUAUUGCUCACUUGACUAGAGGACAAUACUCAGAGAAGCAGAUCUUAAACUGAGAAAGAGACAUGUUGAUGGUGAACCACUGGCUGCUGCACUUUGCGACCCCUGCAGACUUCCUCCUCCUCUUCCUCAAUCAAGGAGUUGUCUAUUCCAAUGACGAAAUCCUGGAAGAUAGAGAUUCUGAUAGUGGAGAGAAGGUCUCAAUUGAAACCGCAAAAUAUGUUAAAGGUUAUGCUGAGUUCUUUGUAGACCUCUGUCUUCAGGAAUAUGAGUUUCAGAAAUAUGACUCCCAUACCAUUGCCUGAGCUGUAAUCCUUGCGUCCAGGAGGGUUGUUAAAAUGAGGAAGGUUUGGAACUCAGAAUUUGAUCAACUUUUUGAUGCUGAUAGAAAGGAGGUUGAGCUAUGUGCAAGAGAGAUCUAUAAGUUCUAUCUUGCAUCAUUUCCUCAAAAUCGGUCUUCAGACAGUAGCAAGAAAAGUUCCAAGUCAGGUAGGAAAAGUUUAAAGAAUGAAGAGAAGCAUAAAUCCCGGAAAUCAUGCAAUGCUUCAAAGAAGAAAACUGAGAAAACAGCGACUAUAAGACAGAGGUCUAAUAGUAUCAAACAACAUUUAUGAAGGAUCGAUUCGAAGCCCUCCACUGCUACUAAAUCGAGGGCAUACUGUAAGAAGCCCUCAAUUCCUGAAAGGAGUAAGGAGAGAGUUCCGAUGACAAGAGUGGCUAGCUACUGAAAGGGGUAUUCUAAGACUCUAAGAGAGAAAUCUCUAAAUGGUUCUGUAGAUUCUCCUGAUAAGCAACUGGCAACUGGAAAUAGCUUAUAUAAAAAUUCUUCAUCUAAGAAUAAGUCUUCACUCAGAAUGUACAAAGCUACUGACAUAAAGAGGUCUGGAAUCCCUCGGCCGGCUCUCUAUUCAAACACCAGAAGGAAUGACUCCGUGUCUAGAAAUGGUAAAAUGGACAAAAAGAGAUCAGGAAAGCUAAAUUUCUCCUCUUCAAGUUUAGAGAAAAGUUCUAAGACUUCUUGAAAUCCAAAUACUUCAUCUUACAAGAAAAUCUCCCAGAUUGCUUCUUAUUCCAACAUGGCCCUAAGCCGGGAUAAGAGAGCUACUGGGGACAUUCUCAAGAAAUACAGGCCUAGCCUGAAGGUUAAGAUGAGCAAAUCUAAGAUUUACUCUACCAUUGACACUCAAAAUAAUUUGACAAGGACAAAUUCUUCCUUUAGGAUUAUUAAUUCAAAAUCCAGAAACCCCUCUCAAAGAAAGAUAGCUGAUAACUCAAAGAACUUCAGAUCUAUGAGUAACCUAAAGCUAGCGAUGAACAAACCUGUCACUCACCACAACUCAAGCAUGACUCGAUGUAAGAACUCAGGAGGGAGGCUGAAUAUAGACAGUAUUAGCCAUAACAGGUCUUAUGGAAGACACUACCCAGAUACUCUACAAUAAUUCUACAUAACACUUAUUUCGUAAA